CUCUGGCCGUGCUAAGUGUGCUGUGUAGUAAGCGAUGUAAAACAGGACAACUUCUAUAUUAGGUCUGCUGCCGAUAUACUGACUCAAAAUAGCUUUAGAAUAUAAGGAAAUUACCCGCCUGUGAGCAUUUCUCUGGAAAAAUGAGCUGUCUGUAAACUCAAACGAAGUGCGCUCUCUGUUGAUUGCGAGUCGUGGACCUCUGUUUCUUUGGUGCUGUAUGCUGAGGAACUUUAAGACGUGGUAGAACUUGUUUUUGCAUAUGGGUCAGUUCAAAUGGGGGAAAUCUGGGAUAAACCAGAAUCAUACAUAUUGACAGUGUAAGAUGCUGAAAAGGUUUUAUUGCGUUUUUCGUACAAAUCGAAACCGGGAGAGCAGACUACAUGACUGGAUUUAUGUGAAGCAAAUGGAGAAUCAGUACGGAGUGUGGAGGGGUCAUUGCCAGCUGGUGAAUUCAAUUCUCUGAUUCAUAUAAGUGUGUGGCCCAGCUGGCUGAGCAGCAGAGAUGUACCAGGAGGUGGCCUUCCUUGCAGGCAACACUGAACAUCAGUUUACCACCUUUAACUUCAACCCUUUAGAAAAUCCUUUGGAAAUUAGCACCAAAAAGGGCAUCUUCUACAAACGUGCCCAACAUCUUCUGAGGCCUUUCUGUCAAGAUGAAGAAAUUCAAUGUCAAACAGCUUUUACAGAUGAAACUCUCUCAACUGACAAUACCGCCAUUAUUAAUGUCGGUGGUAUCCGUUACCGAAUCCCAUGGUCAACACUUGAGGAGUUCCCGCUGACACGGCUGGGGAAGCUGCACAACUGCAGCAGUGCAGAAGAAAUCCUAGAUUUGUGUGAUGACUAUGAUGCAAGAUGUAAUGAGUUCUUUUUUGACCGCAGCCCAAGUGCUUUCCGUUCCAUUGUGACAUUCAUGGCUGCUGGUAAGCUCCGACUUCUGCGGGAGAUGUGUGCUUUGUCAUUCCAGGAAGAGCUGUUGUACUGGGGUGUGGAGGAGGCCAGCCUGGAGUGGUGCUGCCUGAGAAAGCUGCGGUACAGACAGGAGGAGCAACGCGAGCACAUGCGACAGGAGGAGGAAGACACUGAGCUGGUGUUACCCCAAUCCUGUGAGGAGGCACGGGGAGCCAGGGCCCAGCAAGAGGGUUUGCUGGCUGGAUGCAUGCGCCAGCUAAGGGACAUGGUGGAGAACCCGCACUCAGGUCUGCCAGGGAAGAUCUUUGCCUUCUUGUCAGUGGUGUUUGUAGUCAUCACUGCGGUUACUUUGUGUACUAGUACCAUGCCAGACCUAAGAGAAGAGGAAGAAAGGGGUGAGUGCUCCCAGAGAUGCUACAAUAUCUUUGUCCUGGAGACGGUCUGUGUGGGAUGGUUUUCCUUCGAAUUCCUGCUGCGCUUCAUCCAAACACAGGACAAAUGUAUAUUCCUGCGCACACCACUCAACAUCAUUGACAUAGUGGCCAUCCUACCCUACUACAUCACUCUGAUUGUGGACUCUGUGUCAGUGAGCAACCGACCUACUGCCUCAGGAAACAAUUUGGAGAAGGUGGGCUUGGUGCUGCGUGUCCUGCGAGCUCUGCGGAUUUUCUAUGUGAUGCGAUUAGCGCGUCAUUCUCUAGGUCUGCAGACGCUGGGGCUGACCAUACGCCGUUGCACGCGUGAGUUUGGCCUGGUACUGCUCUUCCUAUGUGUUGCCAUGGCACUGUUCUCUCCUCUAGUCUUCUUGGCUGAGAGCGAGAUGGGUGCCAAGCAGGAGUUUACCAGCAUCCCUGGCAGCUACUGGUGGGCUGUCAUCUCUAUGACGACAGUUGGAUAUGGUGACAUGGUGCCUCGCAGUAUUCCAGGACAGGUGGUGGCACUGAGUGGCAUCCUGAGUGGAAUUCUACUCAUGGCAUUUCCAGUCACAUCCAUAUUCCACACAUUUUCCCGCUCCUACCUGGAGCUGAAGGAAGAGGAAAGUCGUGCCAAGUCCCAAAACAGCGAGGACUCGCAGGAUACAGACAGCUCCCUCCAUGGAAUCACUGAACACACUGUAGUUGCCAGCGCACUCCAUCACAGAUCUGUAACUAUGGCAAUUCCAGUGGCUCCAGAGGUUAGGCAGUCACCUAAUAAUCACUAAAGAAAACAGAAAAUAUAGGAAGUAGAGAAAGGAUGCCUGCUUACAAGUGCCUACUAAAGGUACUGGGGCAGUAGAGCCAAAGGUAUGAUUGAAAAUAUGGGCAAAUAUGAGGAAAACGUAUGUCACUGUUUACUUUUAACUGUGUGUGUGUAUGAAUAUGAAUUUUUCCAAAUUGAAAUGUCAAAAAUGACAUUAUAUAACCAUAUUUAUCUUCCUUUAGGAUGCCUGUUUUCUGCAAUCAGUUUUUGUUUGUAUUGAGGAUUUCUGAUUUCUGUAUGUCUUCACUAACAGCUAGUAACAACUGAAAAAUAUGUAUGCACAGAGAAUUUCUGUGCUUUAUGUGUUGUUUUAAAACUAUAUUAGCAGUAAAUAGUUUAAAUAUUAGAAAUAAGAAAAUAAUGAGACUUCAGUGGCUUAUAACCAUUGGGGCAUACUACUGGUCAGCAGCAUAAAACUGGGAAUCUACAAUUGCAUUCACCAUGUGAUAGAAUGGACAGAGUGGAAUUAAGUCAAUUGAAAUCUGUGUUUACACAUGCAAAGCACACCUCUAAGCACAUAUUAGUGGCAGACCAACUAUUGACACUUUGCUCUGUUUCAAAAAGACUGCUAAAUUGUUUUGCAUCCACCUUUACAGCACAAAGAGCUGUUUAUGACUUUAAAACAUUAGGUACUGCAUAGAUCAUUUUCAAUAAGAAAAUAAUAUUUUCAUGUAGGUUUUCUCUAGACUCAGGAUCCUUUUAAAUACUCUGGAGUAGCACAAACGUCCAGAUUUUUCAUACAUCAAUAGGAUAUGUAUUUCUAAAUGGCCAGUGUAACAAGGUCUAUUGUCAUUUUCACUAUUGUUCAACAUGCCAUUUACAAUUCUAGCUAUAUUCAGUAUUGCUGUACAAGCUAAAAAAAAAAAUUCCAAUAUAAUAGCGUAAUAAAACACUGAAAAUGAAAAACAUUAAGUACAUUUAUGUAUCUUAAACCACAUGCAUUUUGGUAGCAUAGUGCAUUAUUCAAACAGCAUUGUUUGAUGUUAAUUGGUCAAAUAUAAAGUAUUUUGUUUCGAGUUCCCUUGCUGGAAUUAUGUUCUUGAAAACAACUGACCUUUCAUCAAAUGCAACCACUUACAUUACAUCCCACUGUGGGAACUCUCACAAAACACACAAAACAUCUAGCAUCUUCAAUUAGUACAAUUAAUAAGCAGCUUAACACAGACCUUUUUUCAUUCUUUUUUAAUUAAUUAUUUUUUUUCAAAAAUAGUGAAUUUUAGUACUUAUUUUAUUCAUUUUACCAUUGGUUUUACUGCAUUUCAGCUAAUCUUUCUUUUAUUUGCUACUUCCUUUGAUCUGAAUUUUAAAGUAUAAAAGGUGCUAUACAAAUAGAUUAAUUAACUAAAUCAAAUUGUAUUUCUAUUAUUAUUAUUACUACAUACUGUGGCAAACCACAAGGCUACCAAUAUAAGGCCAGAGUAGCAUCUAUUAUGUAUUCUGCCUUGUUAACAAACAGAUAGCCUUAGGAACUGAAUCAUAACCUCUCAAAAUUGAAAUGAAAGGGCAUUGCAUAUACUAGAUCAUGUGAGCUUAUAUAAUUUUUUAAAAUUAUAAUUGUGGACUUGGCCCUACUGCAGAAAUAUA